AUGGCUCCCAAAAAGCAAGCAAGCAAGGGGGGCAAGGAGCUGGAGAUCAAGAAGAAGAAAGGGGGCAAGAAGGACCCCAACACAGCCAACACGGAAACAGAUUUCAACAAGGAGACCCGGGAGUUCUACCAUAUCCAGAUCCGAGACCUGGAGGAGAGGCUGGCCCGGUACGAGGGGAAGUUGGAUGAGUUAUCUGUGCAGGAGAAGCUGUCCCGCCAGGAAUAUGAGCAGCUGGCUAACAGCAAGAAGGAGAUCGUGGCCUUCCUUAAACGCACACUCAACCAGCGGGUAGAUGAGAUCACCGACCUCAAUGAGCAGCUCCAAAGCCUACAGCUGGCCAAGGAGAUGGAGAAGGACACAUUUGAGGCACAGCUAGCCCAAGUGCGCCACGAGUUCCAGGAGACCAAGGACCAACUCACCACGGAGAACAUCGUCCUGGGGGGAAAGCUGGCAGCCCUGGAGGAGUUCCAGCAGCAGAAAGAAGAGCUCACAGAGAAGUGCAUGAUGCUGGAAAACCAGCUGCGGAAGCAGGAGAGCAACUACAAGGACCAUGUGUACAACCUGGAGAGGAAGUCAGCACUGGAUAAGGACAGACUAAAGAAUGAGAUCAUCCAGCGUGUGAAUCUGGUAGCCAAUGAGUUCCGCAAGAUGGCCAGAAGCCAGACCUGGGAGACCACCAAGCGGACCAUCCAGGAGAACCACAGCAUGUCCCUGCAGCUGGCCAAGCUGUCCCGGCACGGUGUGCAGCUGCUGCAGGAGAGGGAAGAGCUCCAGGGCAGCCAGGACAAGCUGUGCAAGCAGGUGGCGCUGCUGGAGGACACCCAGAAGAGCAUGGCCAGGCACAGCGUAACUCACCAGAAGAUCAUCCUCAUGCUGACUGAGAAGUGCCACCAGCAGCAGCAGAGCACAGCGGAGGUGAAGCAGCUGCGCCAGCUACUGGGCCACCUGGAGGAGAAGUUCCAGCAGCUGCAGAAAGACAACCAGGAACUGAGGAGCCAGACAGAACAACUCAAUGUGCAGUUGGAGCAGCAGCAGGCCAAGGUGCAGCAGCUGGAGAAGGAGCUAACCGAAGAGCAGAAGGUUCGGACCCAUCUAGAGAUGACCCUGACCCAGGCUACCUCCUUCCUCCAGGACAUUCUGCAGAUGCACUCAGAAGAACAGGAGGAUGGGGACUCUGAUGUGGUCUUCCAGCUGCGAUGCACAGAGACGCUGCAGCAGUUGCUGGCCAUGCUCAGCUCAGCCCUAUCCCUGAACCCAGAGGCGGCUGUGUCCCAACAGUCGGAGGCCCACCCCCAAGGCCCACACAAGGACAGCCUGCCCAGUACCCAACUGCCUAAGAUGGGCCCUGUGCUGCAGCAGCUGUCUGCAAUCAGACCCUACCAGCCGGGGGACCUGGGCCUGGUACCGCGCCGGGCACACAUCCCACCCAACCCGCAGGACCUCAGGCUGCUCUCACAUGCCACCCGUGUGGGAAGCCUCCAGCCAUACUGCAGCCCUAAGGUCCAUGGCUUCGGUUCUCCAAAAAGGCUCAGACAGUUCAGUCUUCCUAAAGUUUGUCACCAAUAG